AUGGCAUCUUUCCCGCCCCAAUCCGGGUACUCGACCGCCGUGACUUCUGGUCAUGGACAUGGGAAUGAAGUUUCAGACGCGGAGAAAUUUACCCUCGGCCAGGACGAUGGCGUCCAAAUCGAGGCCCUCACAGGAAUCGGCGGCGGCAGCGAUGGCACCCAUCGCAGACUGAAGCCUCGUCAUAUCCAAUUGAUCGGCAUUGGUGGCACCAUCGGCACAGCACUAUUCGUUCAAAUCGGCAAGCCACUACUUCAAGGCGGGCCCGGAAGUCUCUUUAUCGCCUACUCCAUCUGGUGUACAGUCAUCCUGGCUCUGACCAUGUGCCUGGCUGAAAUGGUGACGUAUCUGCCAAUUUCCUCACCCUUCAUCCGCUUCGCCGGCCGCUAUGUUGAUGAGGCUUUCGGUUUCGCUGCUGGCUGGAACUUUUUUGUCUUGGAGGCUGCGCUCGUGCCGUUUGAGGUGACAGCAAUCAACUUGAUCAUUCAUUUUUGGAGUGAUGAAGUCCCAGCUGGCGCGAUCAUAGCAAUUGUGCUUGUGGUCUAUGCGAUAAUCAAUGUCGUGGCUAUUGGCGUAUAUGGAGAAUCUGAAUUCUGGGCGGCAACAGGCAAAGUUUUGCUUGCGAUUGGGCUGAUAAUAUACACUUUCUGUGUCAUGGUCGGUGGAAAUCCUCAGCAUGACCGGUUCGGGUUUCGAUAUUGGUAUGAGCCUGGAUCAUUCGCCGAAUACUAUUCGACUGGCUCCCUUGGCCGGUUUCAAGGAUUUUUGCAAUGUCUGAUAUCGGCUGCUUUAACCAUCGCCGGUCCAGAUUAUGUUUCGAUGGCUGCGGGUGAGGCUGAGAAUCCCCGUGUGGUCUUGCCUUCAGCCUUCAAUGCCGUAUUCUAUCGGCUCACGACAUUCUUCAUGCUAGGAGCCCUAUGUGUAGGAAUUCUGGUUCCCUACAAUGACGCAGAAAUGAACGAUGCCUUCACCAACUCGGCUGCUGGUGCAGCAGCUUCACCAUAUGUUGUCUCUAUGCACCGGCUAGGGAUCCCUAUUUUACCACACAUCGUCAAUGCUGCGAUCUUGACUGCCUGUUUCUCCGCUGGAAACAGUUAUGUGUACUGCGCUUCCCGUUCACUCUAUGGGUUGGCCCUCGAGGGUAAGGCGCCGAAGUUUUUGACAAAGUGCACAAAAGCAGGAGUCCCCAUCUACUGCGUGGGAUUUGUUUUGAUGAUUGCGUUAUUGUCAUUCCUCCAAGUAAGCGAGAACGCGGCCGUUGUACUCAGCUGGUUCUUUUCACUAGUCACUGCGUCUCAAUUGAUCAACUACUGCGUCGUAUCCGUUACGUAUGUCUGCUUCUAUCGCGCCAUGAAAGCGCAGGGUAUGAGCCGCGAAUCUCUACCCUACCAAGGCUUGUUUCAACCCUAUUCAGCCUAUUAUGCCGGAAUCGCGACUUUCGUUAUGACGUUCGUGUGUGGCUAUACCGUCUUCUUGCCAGGCAUGUGGAGCGUUCCGAGCUUUUUAUUCUCGUACACAAUGAUUGGCGUCUUCCCGGUCCUUUAUUUUUCCUGGAAAUUUAUUCACAGGACUCAGAUUCACAGGCCAGAAGCAGUCGAUUUGUUGCGAGAUGUAGCCGCAGUGGAAGAUUAUACUAAGAAAUACGUCCCUACGCCUCCGAGAAACAAAUUUUCCGAAGUGAUGAAUAAAGUCUUCAACUAA